UGUUUGGCCUACAUAUUCUCCAUGCAAGUUGGACCCAGACCGGUUUAACAGAAGCCGACAUUAAUGUGGGUUUAGAUCAACGUACCCUAGAGAAAGGCCUUGACAAAUAUGUGCAGAGUGCUACAGCUUGCCAUCCCGUGGAACUGUUUGUUAUGUACGAUGUCUGAUUGAUCUACCAUAUUGUAUCAAGCAUGAUGUGUUUCAGGUAGCCAACCUUUCUACCUAGAUGUGAUAGCAAAACACAAUACCUAACCUAGUCCUUCAUCAAGCAUAACGUAGAAUGGAGGCGGUAACAAAUGUAUCGUGUGUGGUGGACAACUGGUCAACCAUGACAUGCAGCUGGCCAUGGGAAGUUGGAUCACCAUCGGCCUCGGAUGUUAUUCUUGCUAGACUUAACUAUGGUACAAACGGCGUUCCCAACCAGGAUUGUGUUGAUGACAAAGUGCCUGGAUCCUGCCACUGGCCAGCAGAAAAUUUCAAGAUGGGAAGCCUCUACACAAUCAUGGUCACUGUCAUGACUUUAACAAGCAGGGGAAUAGUCAAGGGUAGUGAAGUGUCAGAACGCUUUCAGUUUGACACAAAUGUCAUUGUAAGACCACCUGCUGUGACUGAUAUCAGCGCCACCAAUCUCAACAAAACCUGUGCAUCAUUAUCAUGGCAACAAGUAGAUAAUCAUAGUCUAAAAUGUCGAAUGUUGUACAAUUGCUCCAGUUGGCAAGAUUAUUGUCAGCCUGUGGACAAUGUGUCCAAUGGAUCUGUCUCUGUGUGUGGCCUCUUGCCUGGGACAGUAUAUCAGUGGAAUGUGUCCUGUCUCCCUGAAGAAGGGGGAUUCUGGAGUGAAGUCAGCACAUUCAGACACACCACACAGACUGACGUGCCUGCAUCUCAACCAGAAGUGCAUCCUGGGAGUUUUCUACAACUUGACUGUGAAGAAGACAACUGCAGAGAGAUCUUGCUGUUCUGGAAGGCUGUUCCUGCACAUCUGCGUAAUGGUCCCAUCACAGAAUAUCACAUCUUUGUGGGAGACACUGAUAUCGGAAACGAGACUGACUUCACUGUGACGAACAAGACACAGACGUCACUAGAACUCCGCCUGGAGCCAAACAACACCUACCAGGUCCAGACCUCGGCCUGUACAGAGAUGGGAUGCUCCACCAAGUCCAAACACAUCACCAUCGCACCACAGGGAAAAGGUGUGUCACCACCCCAGGACUUUACAGUGGAGUUUAUGACGGAUGAGGAGCCUGGCAACUUCAACAUCAACUGGCAACCACUCCACACCCGAGUUGUGUCCUACACCAUAUACUGGUGCAUGAGGGAAGAAAACACAACCAGCUGCACAACCCCCUUGGACUGGACGACUGUGGCCCCCAACACCACGGAGUACAAUCUGACACUCCCAGGCCUCAGUGAGAACACUACACAAGACUACACGGUGGGGAUCUCUGCUGAGGCCAUCAUGACCUCAUCGAGGACACGGAGGGCAAGUGAUGCAAGCCAGGUGACCAGUAGUGGCAUCUCAUGGAGUCAGUGCCUCCACAUCAGUGGGAACGUUCCAACAGCAGCACCUGAGGUUCUGCACAUGACCAGUGACCCAUCGACUGCCAGUAUAGACAUGGAAUGGCAGAAACUGAGCUGCUUGGAGACACCUAGUGUACUGACAGGUGUACUUGUGGUGUACUGUGUUGUUGAUGGAGGGGACACAUGUACAGGAUCUGAACAGAGUCAGAUGGUCAUAGGUAGAGGGAGCAGCUACACAUUGAAGGAUUUGGACACUGGCCACACGUACCUCAUCAAAGUGUGUGGCGUGUCAGCAGCUGGGAAUGGACCUUUCAGUGCACCAGUCAAAGUAGACCUGAAAGCAUAUCUUGCACUCAUGUACACAGUGCUAAUAGUGGCAAGUGUGCUGCUCCUCCUGUUGUUCAUCUUCUUCUGCGUCAUAUGGGGAUGCUGCAAAGGGCGCAAGAGUGACAAGUUGGAAAUAUCUGUUCAAGAUGACAAGCUACUGCCACAAGAACAUGACUAUGUUGAUAUGCCCACAACACGUCCUGAAAGCAGUACAUCAGCCAAAAAUGGAACCUACAGGAAAAGUGGAUCAGACAAAGAGCGAGACGUAGACAAGGAACUGGAAGACACCAAACUUUUACCGUCAGAAUCCUACAAAGAAAAUGCAAACCUAAGAUGGUCGGAUUCGUUAGGCCCCAAAAGAACUGACACUUGCUAUAUGGCCUCAUCAGCUAAGAAGAACUCUCGACUUCUGGAACUUAAGGCUGAAAACAACAACAGGAAAAAGGCUGGUUGGACAGAACUCGAAGAUGCAUCUGACCUGCCUUAUGCCGUAGUGGAUUUAGAUGUUGAAGGUGUUCCUCGGGAAAGGAUUUCAUCAUUCAAAAGUCGACUCCCAGUGAGAGAUUAUGGCUUUCCUUUAAAGGAUGAUUCUGAAUAUCAGGACUAUGUGAAUGCUCAACGAGAUAGGAAUAGUGCAACUAGUCCUCUCAUAACGGAUCCAAAAGAAAAUAUGAAAAGUGGAUCACAUGAAUCAAAACAGAAACCACAAAAAGACAAGAAAAACAAGCAGAAGAGAGGCAGUACUGGGUCAUUUCAUCUUCAACCUGAUUUUGUGUUGCCAGAUCCUCCUCCUGACCCCAAUGAGAAUGAUCGCUCACCUCCACCUUAUUUCCCUCCACCUCCUGCCAAUCUCGAAAAUUUCACAUUUCCUCCUGAGCCACAAAAUAUCCAACCCCUAAAACAAUAUAGCCCCCCACCCCCAAGUCAGAAUCAUCCACCACCACCUCGAGUUCUCUAUGCUCCAACUACAGUUCCUAUACCUGAUAACACAGACAAAAUUUCACCACAAAAUUUGAAGAAGGUCCCUCCUCCUCCAAAAGUGCGUUAUUCUUCAACUUCAACAGCUCCUUUGCAAAAUAAUAGAGCAAGCACACAUUCUCAAGAACCUCCUCCACCUCCAAAUCUGGAUAGUCUUCCAAGGCCUGCAAGUGUUCGUAAUUCUGGUACAUUCCCCCCUGUUCAAACUGGAGCUCAAACAAGCAAAGCUACAACAGAAGAACAAAAUCCUCCUCCGCCUCCAAAUCUGGGUAGUCUUCCCCGUCCUGCAAGUGUACGUAAUCCAGUAUCUGCUGUCCCCAUACAAAAUAAAGAAACCACAGAUCCUCAAGAUCCUUCUCCAAAUCUUAAGAACGAACCCAUUCCUCAAGAGACAAAUAGUCCAAUAACUGCUGCUGCCACUCAGACUAACCAGGAACCUAAAGAAGAGAAACCCAUUCCACGUCCACUGACUAUUACACCUGUGCAAAUCCCCAAGCCUCGCACAAGUUUGCAAAGUCCAAAACCUUUCACACCCUAUAAUCCAGAGCAAGUCACUCAGAAGCCUGUAAGAGACAUAGUGGAUGGCAGAAUCCAGAAUGAACCCACACUUAAACAUGAGCCAGAGCCCAUAAGAACAAAUGUUACACCAGAAAGUACUAAACCUGAUGAUAAGCCAAGCAAUGACAAAAAGCCCUCACAACCUUCAAGUGAAAUACCUAGCAACAGAGGAUCUGUAGACAAAUCCACACAGGAGAAUCUUCCUCCACUGCCAACUCAAUCAUCCAUGCUUCCCUCUGCCAAACCUAGAACCAGCAGCAAGACAGAUGAAGACAAUAAUGUUCUUGAUAUUUCCUUUCUUGUUGGAGAGCUACUGGGGGAAGGUGUUGUGACGAAAAAAGAUCCAGACAGUACUGAAGUUACCAUGAGGCCUAAGAAACCAGCAAGAGAGUCCACAAAACCUGCAUCAGAUGCUCGAGACUCUAAAAGGAAGUCCAAUCCACCUAAAGUUGCACCGAAGCCAAUGUUCGUGAGCACAAGAAACAGCAACUAUGGGCGUGUUGAAGCUAGUCCCACAGCAGUCUCACCUCCUCCAACACUCCUGAACAGAACAUCUACAGGGAGUUCUAACUACGAACAGCACAUGUAGAGGUGCAGCAGGUGUCGUUCACAUUGAAAUUGUGCAACCAUGUUUCAGCAUGAUCAGUGUAAAUCAUGGACCAUAUGCAACACAAAUGCUGACUCAAGUAUAAUGUGACUGGAACUGAACUGUUAUAUUGUACAAUCUCAGAGUCAAAUAUUUACACGAUUGUGUACUUUGAUCAAGUUUGACAAGCCAAUAACAAUGGUAGCGGCGUGGAGAUUUCAUGCACCAUAUAUGCUGAUAAUUGGAAUCUUACCUUAGAAGAGAAUCUCAUUUAUCUCAUUGUUAAAUAUUCACCUGAAGGAAACAUUCACAGUCAUUUCUGUAGAGAUUUUACUUGAAAUCUUUCUGACAUGACAUUGAUUAAUAGAUCUGAGUAAUAUGCUUAUUGAGAUCCAAACCAAAUCGUCAAAACAGUAUCUGACCAUAUGGAUUGAACAACUGGAUUUGCUUGGAAUUCAUGUGUCUCUUCAUCAAUUUCCUAAAGCUAGUUUUCAUGUUUACUGCAUCACUGACUAAGGGAAUGAUGGGAAAAGGUCUACUGCACAAGAUACUAACCAUGAACUGCAAAUGAGCCCCACUGACAUUUUAACUCAAAAUUCUGGAUGAACUUGAGGACAGUAUGUUCAGCUUACUAAAAGAAGUGCCAGUGUCAUGCAUAAUAACACAUGAGCAUGAUGUAACAAAACCAUCAUCUGAUAUUGCCCUGAGCAUGAAUCUUGUGUGUAUUGUUUAAGACUCUUCAAUGUAUGGGACUAUCAGCAACACUUCACAUAAAGGAGUUCAAGGUUGUGCGAUCUUAAAGCACUGAGGAGCAAUGUGAAAAUAUGUACAAAACAUCAUGAGUUGAACAAUGACAUUUUGAAUAAUAUUGUUAAAGUGAAUCAUUGUGAAAAAUGACAAAACUAAUGUUUGCGGAAUGGUGCAACAAUAACUCAUUCUGGUGCUUUAUUGCAACAUCAAGUGGAGAAAUUCAUUGUGUUCUUUUUUCUGCAAUUGCAUAUGUCAUCAUGCAUCUGAUCUAAGGCUUUGAACAUUUGCACGAUAUUACUUGUGAUAUAAGAGAUUGAUAUAGAUUUGUGUCUACAUUACAUGCUGUGAUGGACUACAGUUGUCAUUUUACAAAAGUGAGUCACUUUCACCAAUUCCAUUCUGCCCCAAAUGUCUCCAUUUGCUGUUGAUGUUGAUUUUUUAUUUCAACAAAA